UUUUUUGAUUUUCCCUUCAGACUUGACUUGAACCGUCGUUAUACCACCUCGUCGCAUCUCAAUCGCAUUCUGAUCGCAUAUAAUUCUUGAGGACUUUGUUUCGUUGUGCGCACUAUACCAAGAUAAACCGCGUCACCUAUACCGAUCAGCCCCAACAAUCGAGAAUACAUCGAAAACGAGAGACGAAAACGAGAUAAAAUAAACCAAAAGGAAAAGUAAAGAAAUACCAAAAUGGAGAACCUACUGUCUCUGGCCUUCGACAACCUUUCCUCCUACGAUGGCCCCAAGAUCCGCAAGGGUCUGCGCCAGGUUGAGGGAUUGCUAGCCAACAUCUGCCUAUCACGAUCGCGGGUCAGCAAAGAGCGACGGGGCUCAGCUACCACUGUUAGCAGCAACAGCGAGACCGAUCCGGAACAAGAGCUAGAUUCGCCUCCGCUACCUCCCAAAACCCUUGCCGAGAUUACGGACGACCCGGCCUUCUACGAGUUCUUCAAGUUGCAGGAGGGUUUUGAGUGGAAUGUCGCUAUGCGCCUGGUCAACACCCUCGAUCGCCUAGUCGCCCGCGGCGCUGACGGCUCCAAUGAUUUGUUGAUCCUAAGUGCGCUCGACUUGGUCCAGGGUGUUAUGCUAUUGCAUCCACCAAGCAAGUCAUUGUUCUCACGGGAGAUGUACAUGAACCUCCUCCUCGAUCUCCUGGAACCCGAUUUCUGCCCGGCGAUCCAAUCAGCCACGGUCGUGACCCUCGUCACCGCCCUGAUCGAUGCGCCGCGCAACACCCGCACCUUUGAGAAUCUUGACGGCCUGCUUACUAUCACCUCGCUCUUCCGUAACCGUUGUACCAGUCGCGACGUCAAGCUCAAGCUUGUCGAGUUCCUUUAUUUCUACCUCAUGCCUGAGGUCCCCUCCAUCCCCAGUGCCCGCGCGGGUGACCAUGCCGCCCCGGCCCUUCUUCAGCGUAGCCCCAGUAAACUCGCUAAGGCCUUCGCUUUUACUGGCAACGGUGUCGACCACGGUCGCAAGGGAUCUGAUGGUUUCGUGCGCCCCCGCUCCGCCGGCGAAGGUGAGACGAGAAGUCAGGAGGAGAAGCAGGCACUACUCGGUCGCCAUCUAAGCAGUGUCCAAGAACUCGUCGAGGAUCUUCGACAGAACACGCCUUUCGGGGGUGUCGUGGGUUGAUCCCCCUUUACCCCCCUUUAUCCCCUUUCCCCCCAACUAUCUACAUUCCAUUUCCCAGGUCGCAGAAAUCAUGUGUG